GCUUGAUGUUUGAGUGAACUUGGGCCGUGAGCGACGCUGAAAGUGGGUCGGAAUGCAAAGCAGCUAACAGGCGGACAUGCGGUCGACCAUCUCAUUCUAGGAAUUCUGUACUUCCCAACUCCGGAGGUCGUCCCAACUCUGCCCGCAUAACCCCUGACUACGGACAAUGUUCGCCCUGCUCAACUCCCGGCCACAGCGCCGUGUCUACAACGGCUUAGACGGGCAAGCUAUCACACCAGAAUCCCUCAACACGCUGUCCACCGAACAACAACAACCUCCCUCACAAUCAACGCCAGCAAAACCACCGCCACCAUCGCCCUACUUCAUCUCCCACUGCACUUCAACCACGUUCGAUCUCCCCACCCACACGGCCACCCAAAUUACCCUCGAACGCUGCUCCAACGGUACUGCCGUCGAUUUCGCACGCGUGCUUACCACUGUCGACGUCAUCCAUUGCCACGACGUCCGCGUGACCGUGCGCAACGGGGCUGCUGGGACGGUGCUACUGGAUGAGUGUAGUGACGUUGUGGUGUCGGUGCCCGGGGUUGUCGAUGCCAAUGGGGUGGUUGGAGAGGGAGGGGAGGGCAGUGGGUGGACGAUCUAUACGACGCGGUGUAGUGGGGUGAAGAUCGGGGAGUAUUUCGUGCCGGGGGAUGUGGGAGGGGAUGCAGGGGACGGAGACGAAGGGGAGAACCGGAGGGUGUGGAGGUUAAAGACGUGGGUGAAGGAUGGGAUGUGGACGACUGCGAGGGCAAAUCUGUAUGGGGAUGUUGUGGAGCCUUUGCCCUGAUGUCGGGACGGGAGAUGGGAGGGUAGGUUGCGGAUUUGGAUAGCAGGACCACUAUGGUCUGCGAGGUGCAAGCAAAGAUGAGCUUGAACGCAUGAGACGUGUCGCUGUGGGGCCGUGUGCUAGGUAGAGUAGGCAUAGACGGAGGUCUUCCGCAACCUGAAGGUUAGCGCCUCACAAACUGAACACAAUCAUCUUCAACGUCAAAUGCUGU